AUUACAUAUACACACUGAAAAGGCAACAUCACUGCAUUAGAGGGUAUAAGAUUAUAUGACAACACUGCUUCUUGUUGGGAGUCACAAGGUUCUUUUAAUCAAAGUGUUUAGGCAUCAAAUCAUCCACUCAGAUAAAACAUGAAAACUUUGAGAUGAAUGAGGAAGUAACUAUAGUUCUGGGCAAUGAAACUUGUGAUGUUGAUUCUGCAGUGUGCUCACUAGUGUAUGCGUAUAUAAGACAGGGCCUUAGUGCUGUGUUGCAAGAAACCAAACACUAUAUACCUGUGCUUAAUAUAAAUGAAGAAGAUAAAGUACUCAAAGCUGAAGUAUUCUAUUUUCUUGAAAAAUAUGGUGUACCAAUUGACUGCUUACAAUUUAGGGAUACAAUAGACCUCAAACAUAUCAAGUCAUCUACACAUUUGGAAGUCAUAUUAGUUGACCAGCAUACUUUAUCAGAGAGGGAUCUAUGGCUGAAGUCACAUGUGUCAGAAGUUAUUGACCAUAGACCUUUAGACCCAGACUGGGAUUGGAAGAAUACUUCGAAAACAGUUGAAUCUGUUGCAUCCUGUGCAACUUUGAUAGCAGAGAAACUUAUAAAUCAAGAUGCACUUCCAGUUCCUCGCAGUAUGCUCAUACUGUUAUAUGGUGCAAUACUUUUAGACACAUGGUGUUUUGCAGAAAAUCCCAAAUUAUAUACUGAGAAGGAUAAAAUAAUUGUGGAGGAGCUAUACAGAAAAAUCAGCUACCCAACUUUUGUGUGUCUUUUGAAGGAUGAAGAGUUAAUUGAUGGUGACCAUUUAUUUGAAGACCUUUUGUCUGUUCGUUGCAAUUUAACACACUUGACAGUACUGCAGAUACUGAAGAAAGACUUAAAAAUUUCAUGUGGAAUACCAAUUCCUGUGCUUCCUGUUCUAGUUCAGGAAUUUUUGAAAUUACAUACUAUUGAGGAACUGCAGAAGUUCACAAAAGAUUUUGAAUAUAAAGGCAUUAUCUUAAUAGGAGUAACAUUUUCAAAUGGCAGAUAUGCACAAGACAUAGCAGUAUUCUCAACAGACAAAUAUUUCUUGGACUUGAUGACAGAUACAUUGGUUACCUCAAGAGACCCUGACCUCCAGCUGAACGAAGUGACAGUCUACGCUAACAUGGAGUAUAUAAAAGUCUUCACACAACAAAAUUUUAAAGCAACUAGGAAACAAAUUCUGCCCAUUGUGAGGGAAUUUAUGAGACAUUUCCUAAGUCCUCCAACAGAAGGUUGAGUCUCGUGCCUCCAUUAUAGACAGGGAUGUGUGUGUUUCAUUUUGUUUUUCCAUUUAAGAACAGAUAUGUUGAUUUUCUUUUAGUAUUGCUACUGAUGCAUGUCAAAUUAGUAAUAUUGUAGAGAGACAUUGAAAGUAAGAAUUGUACUGUAAUUUGUAUCCUUAUGUACCUUAAGUGUUUUUCUUUUUCAGUGUUGUAUUGUGUUAAUGUAGUGUUACCUUGACUCUCAUCUCUCUAUGAACAAGCCUUUUUAAAAAUUUUCAUUGACUAUAGCAUCAGUGCCUUUGUGAUCCCUUAGUUUCCUAUUAUUACACAACAUAUAUAACACAGGUACAGUAAAUAUUAUCUAUGACUGCAUAAUAUUGCAGUGCUAAUAUGAAUUAUGUGAUAACCAAAUGCAUUAGUUUUAAGAACUCCUGUCUGGACAUUCUUCAAUGGUUUAGAAAUAAUUGGCCGAUAGAAUGUUUUUAACUUGCUCUUGAAGUUCACUGUAAUACACAGAAUAUAUUUAAAAUUCUGUGUUAGAUUGUUAAAUACAUAUGUCCCAAUUUAUGUGAUAUUAUGUACUAAUAUUGUAACUUUGAAGACUUUGUAGAAAGUGUAUUUGGCUGUAAGAUUGUGAAAAUACUUUGUACUAUGCUUUUACAAGAGAAACACUGCAUUACUGAGUGUAUGUAUUGUUAUUGUCUGAUAGUGUUCAAAAUACCAAGCUUUCUAAAGAGUUCUCUGCAGGGCGUCAUGAGACUAUUCACAGGUUCAGUUCUCAUAGCAUUCUUCCUUUUUCAGUCAAUUUUACUUCUGUUAGUUGCAAUCUCUCUUUCUCCCUCUCUCUCUCUCUCUCUACCUCCCUCCUAUUCUCCCCCUCUCUCCACCUCCCUCUACCCUUACCAUCCCCUUCCCCCUCACCCUCCCACCACAGGACAGUUUGCAUACAUGUAUGCUGAAUCAUCCAUCUUCUUUGUUUCAUCACCUACAUCUGUAAUCACGCAGCUGAACUGCAUUGAGUCUAGGGUGUGUUUUUUUCCAAUUCAGGUUGUGAUUUGUCCGUAGUCCUAAUAAGAGAAUUCCAUCUAUUGCCCGCAUUUUGUUGUUUGAGUAGACUACAACUAGGUGGUGCAUUUUUGUGCACAUAUAGAUCAUGUUUUGUAUUUUAAUUGAAUCUUUUUUUAUUUAGUAUACAAUGCAUAUUCCAUCAAAUCUGACCCACUCGCUGAGUAAAUAUAAAGCAAGGAUUGCGUACAAAAAGAAGAUAACUACACAAUACACUUGAUAUGGUCACAUAUUCACAUUCUGAAAAUAAGUAAUCACAUACUUUUAUAAAACUGUUGCACAUACUGUUAUAAAACUGUUGCACAUUACUUUUACUGCAGAAGAUAGAUUUGUAACAUUGGCAUUGAAAAUCAAAAUUAAAGAGAACAUGAAACUUCUUAUCUGAUUAUUAGUAGCAUGCUGGAGCACACUAUCCACCCAAGUGUUAACAGAACCGUGUGUGAUCCAUUGUGCACAUAUAAGUUACUUAUUUAUGACUGAUAAGUAACCAUCGAUAAGAUGAAACAUACAGAAAGGAAGGUCAUCGUUUCUAUACAGUAACAACAUACUCAAAAUUCUUUGUUAUUACUACACAUCACAUACCAAAUUUAAUCAUAUAUUUACCCACUGCCAUGCCAGUCUUACCUUUUAUCAGUACUCUUAGAUUUCCUACCUAAAGCUUUUCACAAAUAAUUAUCUUAUUCUUGUUUUUUUCUAACCCACUCAUCUAUCAUUAACUUAUCAUUACAUCAUCAUCAUAAAUUAUGUCACUCUUAGAAGUAUAAUCACAACAGGUUCUAUCUAUUCAGAUCUCACUCUGGACAGAUCAAUAGUCAGAGAGUUGUUUUGAUUGAUACAUUGCAUAGUAGAAGAUUAGUAAAUAGUGCGGAAAGCCGGAGAACAAAACAGUAAUGCAGCAGCUUGGUGCCCUAUGAACGUCACUCCACACAUACACUAAAGGCUAGUGAAUUCCUUGAGGUGUGUUUUCUCACAGCUGAUAGCUUCUCUACUAAUAUUUUUGAAGUUCACUUUUUUCUUCCCCUAAUGGACCCUAUAUUCACAGUCUUUAUCAGAGUUUUCAUUUCCGCCAACAGCGUAGGCUUCAAUAUUUUUAACCAAGCAUCCUCCAAUGUUUUGUCCAAUAUGUUAUCUAACUUCUCUGUCAUUUCUUUUUGUGAUUCUUUAACAGAUACUACAUUACCUGCCACAAUUUAAGAUUUUUCCUGUGCCUCUUUUAGUGAUUUUCUAACUUUUUCACCAAUUUCUCCCAUUUUCAUUAACAGAUAUUGUGACAUACUUUGUGCUCCCUUUUUUCACAUAGUUCUUUCUUUAUACAUGGUUCUGAUUUAACUGAACUUUCUUUUACACUUUCUGUAACAGGUUUCAUUUCUUUGUCUCCCACCUGUUCACUUCCUCAUGUUUGGAAAAUAAUGUUCUUCAUGUUUGAUUGUCAUACUGCAGAAAAUUAUAUAUAUAAGCUUAUUCAUUCACCGACAAUGUACAUUGAAUGGAUUUUGUCAAAGAGCAUAGUAUAACAAAAAAUAAGGUAAGGGUGUACAGUUUCCUACAUAAUACAAUGGUUCAUUGUACCCAUCACAAUAUUUUUGGGCAAUAUGACUUUGA